AUGUUAAGCGAAAGACGAAAAUGGCAUAACUCGCAAGCAGAAAGCAAGCAAGUAAUCAGCCAGCCGUUUAACUCAUCCCAUCCUCUGUUGGCCCCGCGAACCAAACUGGCGCCCAAGACGGACGAUCAGCCCAGCCCGCGGAAACCAACACAAGCCAGACGUCGCAAGAACCACACCGCAGCAAGAGUCAGUACCAGAAGCAUUAGCAAGCGACGACUGAGCCCACGCUCUCCGGUGCUCCACAACUUUCCUCCCAAGGACGUCCGUGAGGAUAUCCGAGGUCCAGUUUGGGAGUCGCAGAGUGCGGAUCGUGACUUUGCUUCUGGGUGA